GGGUGUUUCAAGACUGCGGUGCGGAGAGCAGAAAGAAUAGAGAUAAGGAAGUUAGUUUCAGGGAAUUCAGCUUGCAGCAUGUGAUACUAAGAACUAGAAGAGAAACUACCUGUGUAGGAAAGCUGCAGUCUCGAGAUUGUAGGGAGAGCUACUGAGGAGAGCACAUGAAGAGCCAAAUGCCUGUGACAGGGCCAAAUGCUGGUGACAGGGCCAAAUGCCUGUGACGGGGUCAGCACGGGCAUUCUGCUUUCAUACACGUCUCGUAAAACUCUCUCACCGGCUUUACUGGAGUUCACCUUUACCUGCAUUUUCUGGAGCAUGUGACUUAUCAGUGUGAUAUAGAAUGCUGCUCAUCUUCCUUGUCCUGCUAGUUCAAGCUGCUUCAGCUAAAAGAAUCUGUACUUUACAGCCUCAAAAUGUAAUCUUCUCAUCUAUAAACCUUAAAAAUGUACUGAUGUGGUCAGCGCCAAACAUUUCUGGAAAAGUUCGAUACAGCGUGCAGUACCGUAUAUAUGGUGAAGAGAGUUGGAAGGACAAAUUGGAUUGCACAAAAAUCAAGACAACCAGUUGUGACUUAUCAGAUGAGACAUCAAAUUCUCAGGAGGAUUACUAUGCUAAAGUUAUUAUGCAUCAGAAUGGCUGUUCUAGCUCAACAGAAACAGAUAGAUUUAAUCCACUGGCACAAACUAUAAUUGGACCACCUGAAGUCAGCUUGAGUCUUGGAGAUAAAUCAUUUUUAAUAAAUGUGUCAUAUCCUGAUUUCCGUCUUGAUCAUUUUUCCAUAAUUGAAUAUCAUAUUUCAAUAAAGAACAUGAAAACACAGGUCUCUCGUGAAUUGGAUUUCAGCGAUCCAAACACAACGUACUAUGUUAUUAAUCAAGAAUUGAUACACCCAGACCCGGGCACCACAUACUGUGUAACUGUCUUUACUGUAUUUACUGCUUUACCCAGGAAGCAGAGUGUUCCUUCUACAGAAAGAUGUAUCCUCAUUCCACAAGACCGCAGUUCAGAAGAAGCCGUUAAAAUUACAUCUACAAUAGUUCUGCCUGUAGUUCUGAUCAUAAUGAUAGCUGUUGCCACGGGAUUCAGCAUUUAUAGAUAUAUUCAUGUCAAUCAGCUGGCACAGCCUAAAAUUCUGACUCUCUCUAAGAGCAGAAAGAAUAAUACAAUUCACUUGGAGACACAUGUGGCCAUUAAUAUUGUCACAAUCGAUUCCUGUAAAUUGAAAAUGUUGGAACAGUGUCUGUCUAACAACCCAGAUUUGCAAACAAUGGGUGAGGGUCAUCUCUGUGAUAAAGCAGGACAUGUGAAUGACAACAUAGAAGCUAUUGAACAAACAGUGGAAGAUGAUGAUGAUGUUGGUUACAUAACUCUUCAGGAAGAAAAAUCAGCCAGCAAGACCACCAUAACACCAUAUGAUAUGCCACAUAAUUUAGCUCACCAGCAACCAGUAACCCAACCAACAGAAUCUUGUGGUUCAGAGAAUUCGGAGGAUCUAUUGUAUGGACAUAUUAAAAGCACAUGUAGCUCUUCCCUUGAGCAGGAGCCUCAUCGGAUACCCCCUGUGAAAGAAGGUAAUUCUUCAGAAGUUGCAGAAAAUUUAUACAAGCUACAACAGCCCAUAGUGAAAAAUUCCCCCAAUUUUUUUAAUGACUCUUGUGUUACUGAAUUAGGAAUAUCGAAGGAGUGUCAGUUAGGAUUGAGAACAAUGGAAUGUAGGAAAGAAUCAGAUGAUAAACGUCUCACAGAGUGUAGUGGUUUGUUUAUACAUUGGCCUCCUUCAAGUAUUCCUCAAUACAUACCCAAUUUAUUUACCAAAGAUGGUGAAGAAGACUCUGAAAUGAGUGAAAGUCUCUUAUCAAAAUUGUAUAAGCCCGUCAUCCCUAAUGAAGUCACUGAAGAAGAUGAACUCUUGAACCUAGAGGAACGGUGGCAGCUCCAUGUACAAAUGACUUCUUAGGUAAAAACUAUGAUGAUUAACGUUUACAAAUACUCUGUGUGCAAUGUACAAUUCAGCCACACAAAAGUGGCAGGAAAACGCUAACUAAACAAAUCUUUAAAAUCAGAGGAAUGUUCAUAGUAUUCUUUAGCAUUAACCUUUGAGCUCAGGAGCUUUUGGCAAAUGUAUCCCAAACAUGUCUCUAAGCUGUAAGAUGCACAUUUGUGUGCUUGUUCAUUUUUAAGAAAGAAGCUAAAAGGUGUACCAAAAUUGCAAUUUGCGUAAUGCUCUAAGUUAUAAGAGAUGGUACUGUAUAUCCAGCAUUACUACAAAAAAAACCUUUGCAUAGUAAAUUACUUGUCCCUGAGAUGUACUUACAAUUACUUUGGACACAAAGAGGUUUUAUCUUGCAUAGCACAGAUGCUAUUUUACUAAUUUUACAAUAACACAGCCCAAGCUUUACUGCUGUUGCUAAUUACAAAAGUACACUGGUUUUCCUAGUCUAUGCUGGGCUGAUUCAUAUAGAAAAGAUAACUAAAAUGUACUAUAACAUUGUAUACUGGCUUUUAUUUUAACAUAUUUUAAUUAAAAGUUUGCAGAAAAAAACAAAAUAAAACAUUACUUAUGCUCCAAUGAUUGCUCCUAGCAAGGUGUACAUGACCCUUGCACUGCCCACACUCCCAAGGAGGACCCCUUAAAUAACAACACUGACACCAUCAGGUUGGAUGUUGACAAGGCCUAUAUAUUUAUUUUGAAAUGUGACAACAUUACCUCUUUAUGAACAACCUAACUGGUAAUUAAUCUGUCAUGUACCAUCAGUCACUUAAUAUUGACCGU